UACAGUGAGAGCUGUGAUUGGUCACAGCUUGUCACAUGGUACAAGGCUGUUGUGAAUAGCAUUGUACCAUGUGACCUCUGUGAUCAUUCACAGAUUUCACUAGUAGUAAGCAAUGAUGUCAGAAGUGACAUCUUGCUUACUACUAUUCAUGUGAUCACUGAUUGGCCAAUCAGUGAUCACAUGAUCGGGACCUCACACAGAGGUCCAGUAAAGCGAUUGGUGCUCUGCUGUGUCCAGAGGACACAGCAGGCACCUGAUCGCGGUGCCGCAUGCGCGUGCUCCCAGGGAGCGCGCACAGACUGCAAAUGUGGGCGCUGUUUAUGGCAACCCGCUCAUGCACUACUUCUGUCCGGCCGUUUAUGUACAUGGGCUGGACGGGAAGUGGUU